UCUCAUCACACAUCAGUACAGAUAUUGAUGAAAAGAGUUAAUCGAUGCUGAAUAUCGUUUGUGAGAGUCAUCUUAUCAUAUGCUGGCUUGCUGUGACACUUCAAUAUGGCCUUGAGUGGUCAUUGACGCAAGUAGGAUGGCGGCCAAUGUUUCCCAGGCUCAGCUUUUGGGUAAAAGGACCUCACGUGGUGAUGCUGAUCCGCCUUUGAAGCGAAUUUUAAGAGAACAUGAAGAUACGAAUAGCACAACAGGAAUUCAAUCGAAAGAAGCUAUUGUUGGUGACAACUCACGCAAUCAUUGCAUCGAGGCUGAGCUGCACCCAGCAUGUAACCCAAUCACUUGGAAAAAUGGUGACCCACCAUGCUGUAGGGAACUUGUGCUGUACAGCAUAUUGCAGACCAGCUUCCCCACAAACUCGUUUAGAGCGCGGGACGCAGCAUUGCUGGCCUUUGAACGUGCAGUGAACGGUGCAAAUCGAAUUUUGAAUUGCAAGGAUCAACUUUCUCCUUCACAGGUAACCUCUUACCUGAAGCGAGCUCCGACAAAGUCAACGAACUCCGGAAAGUAUCGUGGGCGCGUCAGGUGGGCCAGGUUUAGUGACUUGGUUUCGAAAAUCAUUCAGGGGCAUGGAGGGACUCUGCACCAUGCGUUGAAGAAUUGCAUGACCGAAGCGGACAGGAGUGCGCUUCUUCGCGAUAUCGAUUUAGCUUUAGCUUCGUGGGAAUUUGCACCCAAUCAGACUGCGGAUCAUAAGCCUUUUGGAUUAUCUGAAAUCUCGGAGUUCUUUUAUUCGCAUGCCUCAACCUUUUCGCUCUGGCGGUUGGAUAACGAGGGAAAUGAAGGGUUGCAUUUAUUUUACUUUGGUGGAAGUCCCGCACAUGCUGUACGUAGCAUUAGAAUCCUGCCUAACCUUUCCUUUUCAACAUUCAUGUAUGGGAUACAAGUGCCUUUGCAGCUUGAUGUAUCUGAUAAUGUAGUGUCAUCAGCUGACCACUUUUCCAAACUUCUGCAUAUGUUGGCAACUGCCAGUGAAUGCUCUGGGUGUUCUUACAAUAAGUAUGAGAAGGUAGUGGAGACGCGUCCUGAAGGUGGUAUCUUCCGGGGUUCAGAUGGUACGGUGGUAGCGAAUCUUGAAGAAGCCUGGGUGCCACAACGCUGCAUUCGAACUGUUGUCUGUCCCCACCUGAUAGCUGCUGGGUCCAGGUGUGCAGCUUGUAAAUUGUUUGACGGAACGCUGAGGAAAGCACUCUCUCGGCUUUCGGACUCACCCGUUUCUCCGCACACUGCCUUUAUACAUUUGUCACGCUAA